UCUUUCUCCGUGAUGGGGCAAACCUUCGGAAAGUUUUUAAAAAAAAUAAAAGAAAAAUAAAGAAAAAGCCCAACCCUUAAUCUGCGAGUGGCGAUUCUUUUUAUUUUCUAGGUUUCGUCUGAUUCCGGUUGGAAGGCUUUCAAUUUCUAGGAUUCCUGGCUCGAGAUGAUGCAGAUCCCUGCCUCCACCGAGAUCUGAAGGCUUUCCAACCCUAAAACAGGUAUAAAUUUUUAAGUCAAAUAUGUUUCGGUACCAAGGUGAUGAUGUUGAUGAAAUGGCAGAGGAUUAUGAAAUGGGGGAUGUAGAGGAUGACAUGGAUGAAGAUUUUCAAGGAAGAGGGUGGUGGGAUUCAGAUUCUGAUGAUGAAGAAUAUGGUCAAUUUCACAAUAAGGUACCUGAUACUUCAUCAUUGCAAGCAAGGAGAGGAGUGGAUAUCCAAGGAAUACCUUGGAAUAGGUUAAGCAUCACAAGGGAAAAGUACAGACAAACCAGAUUAGAACAAUACAAGAAUUAUGAAAAUGUUCCAAAUUCUGGUGAAGCAUCAGAAAAGGUUUGCAAUCCAACUGAGAAAGGAGGCAUGUAUUAUGAGUUCCAACGUAAUACAAGAUCAGUGAAAUCAACCAUCCAUCAUUUUCAGCUGAGAAAUCUGGUUUGGGCUACAUCAAAGCAUGAUGUCUAUCUAAUGUCACACUAUUCUGUGCUCCAUUGGUCAGCAUUAACUUGUGAGAAGUAUGAGGUUAUGAAUGUUUCAGGACAUGUGGCACCAUGUGAGAAACACCCUGGAAGUUUAUUAGAAGGAUUUUCUCGGACUCAAGUUAGUACAUUGGCAGUAAAGGAUAAGUUACUUGUAGCGGGUGGAUUUCAAGGAGAACUUAUUUGUAAACAUUUAGAUCGAGAAGGAAUAAGCUUUUGUUGCCGGACAACUUAUGAUGACAAUGCAAUCACUAAUGCUGUGGAUAUUUACGAUAGUCCCAGUGGUGCUGUUCACUUCAUGGCUUCAAAUAAUGACUCUGGAGUUCGUGACUUCGACAUGGAGAAGUUCCAGCUUUGCAAGCAUUUCCGAUUCCAAUGGCCGGUCAAUCAUACAUCACUUAGUCCUGAUGGAAAGCUUCUUGUUAUUGUGGGAGACAACCCUGAGGGACUACUGGUUGAUGCUUGUACGGGAAAGACUAUCCAUGAACUGCGUGGCCACCUAGACUAUUCAUUUGCAUCGGCAUGGAAUCCUGAUGGUUAUACAUUCGCCACUGGUAACCAGGAUAAGACCUGUCGGGUUUGGGAUGUAAGGAACCUCUCCAAAUCCAUUGCUGUACUGAGAGGGAACCUUGGAGCCAUAAGAUCAAUCCGCUUCACGUCGGAUGGUCAGUUCAUGGCAAUGGCAGAGCCAGCGGACUUUGUUCACAUAUUCGAUGUCGGAAGUGGGUACAAGAGGCAACAGGAGCUGGAUUUCUUUGGUGAAAUCUCAGGCAUGUCGUUCAGUCCUGACACCGAGGCUCUUUUUGUUGGUGUAUGGGAUCGGAACUAUGGCAGUCUCCUUCAAUACAGCCGCCUUCGGAGCUACUCAUACCUUGACUCACUACCAUGAAUUAGAACUUGUUUCCAUGUUGUACCUCUCGAAUCUGUUGCUAUCUGUGCUCGGUGCAGGAUGUUGUAGAUGGGCAUGGACAGGGGGAUGUCGAUUAGGUUUAAAGGUGAACCUGGAAAACUCUCAUGUUUAAUCUUAAUGAAAACUUCACAUUUUUUUUGAAAAAAUCUCUUAUGAAGUGUACAAAGAAGAAAAAAGUGUAAAAUUGCCCAGAGACUACACUUGUAAAGAAAACUGAGAGCAAGGCCAAUGUGCCAGACUCUCAGCUGUCUUUCAGAAGCUUCUGGAGUGAUUCUGAUGUAUAAUCUUCAUUGAAUAUUUAUUAUUUUAGACUUACGUGAAAUUUCACAGUGCUUGUUUUGAGU